AUGAGGCGGCGUUCGCUGAUGCCGUUGCUUGCUUGUUUCCAAGGGUUGAUGGCGGCAGAGAAGAAACCCCACCUGCAGCCGCCGGCGCUGUCGUGGUCGUCCAUCCCGCUGGAGCUGGCCGGCCUGGUGCUCGGCCUGCUCCCCGCGCAGGCCGACCGCGCCCGCUUCGCCGCGGUGUGCCCGCAGUGGCGUGCCGCCGCGAGGCAGCAGCAGCGGCUGCCCUCGCCGCUGCCGCUGAUCGCGCUCCCCGACGGCACCUUCUACAGCCUCCCCUAUACCAAGCCCUUCCGUUUCCCUGGCUGCGGCUUCGCCGGCUACCAGAGCGCCUGCGGCAGCUGGCUCGUCUUCCCCCGCGACGACGGCUGCUUCCUGGUCGACCCCUUCUCCAGGGAAACGGUGACGCUCCCUCCUCUCUCCAGCGUCCGGCUCCGGCCUCCGAAUGCAGUCGCGAAAUGGUCGUAUGAGCAUGGGGCAAAACUGGCCGACCCUUACCUCACAUGGAUGCAUGUGAAGGACUCGGAAGAGCUGCAUAUCAGUAAGCUAGUCCUGUGCUCGAAGAAUCUUGUUGCUGCCCUCGUCGGCAUUGGAUAUACCAGUCAGAUUCUGAUGUGCCAGCCAGGGGCCUUGUCGUGGUCGGUACGCGCGUACGAUCGGUGCAAGGGGUUUGAAGACAUGGCAUUCUACCGGGGCAAGCUCUACGCCCUCACCAAAGACGAGAACCUUCUUAUGGUGAACAUCAGCCAGGACCAUAGCACCGGUGAUCCACAGGUUUCUCGAUUUGGACAAGUCAUCAAGGGUGAUCCAUGGUUUUCAUACGUGUUCGGCACCACCACCAUGCUCUGCAAGAAGCUCUACCUGGUUGAAUCCUGUGGGGCAAUGCUGAUGGUACGCAGGACGAUUUUCUGCCGGGUUCCUGAUGACGGUGGAGCUGUUGCUGGACCAAGCGCGUUCGAGGUUUUCAAGGCUGACUUUGAGCAUUCAGGAUGGGUCAAGGUGUCGACGGUGGGGGCUGACCAGGUGUUGUUUCUAGGGCGAAGGUGCUCCAGGUCAUUGCCCUUCUCUCAGUAUGGGGUCCCGGGUGAUCACAUCUUGUUUUUGGACGAUGAUGAGAAAAAUCGUACGGAGUAUGGCUAUGCCGAUGAGAACACUUCUUACGGCACCUAUGCGAUGGGAUCCGGCAGGUACCGUUCUGUUCAUCCAGACAUUUCCUGGAAGCGUGGCGAUGAAAUGCAUCUGGCAGCAUGGCUCUUCCCUCAUGAUUGA